CUGGUGCUGCUUCACUUUGAGACGGAGCAUCGAAGCAGCAGCAGCUAAAAUGUUCUGGUUUAAGAAGUUGUGGUGUUGUAGCGUCCCGGCCGACGAGGAUGAGGAGCCGCACAGACCCAAACCUGAAAAGAAGGAGAAGAAGAAGAAGAAAUGGUGGCAGAGACUCAAAAAGAAGGCGAGGCAGGAGGACACGAAUGUGGAGGAACAACAGAUAAUAGGAAACGAAGAGAAUGCAGGGAUGAGUACCCAGGUUCUGCAGGACCAAGGGCAGGAACCAGAGGUACAGGUGGUGCAGAUGGAAGAGAAGAACCAGGUGGAGCCGGGCAUGGAGGAGAAUCAGAUGAUGGGAAAUGAGAAUGCAGGGAUGAGUACCCAGGUUCUGCAGGAGCAAGGGCAGGAACCAGAGGUACAGGUGGUACAGAUGGAAGAGAAGAACCAGGUGGAGCCGGGCAUGGAGGAGAAUCAGAUGAUGGGAAAUGAGAAUGCAGGGAUGAGUACCCAGGUUCUGCAGGACCAAGGGCAGGAACCAGAGGUACAGGUGGUACAGAUGGAAGAGAAGAACCAGGUGGAGCCGAGCAUGGAGGCGAAUCAGAUGAUGGGAAACGAGGAAAACGCAGGGAUAAGUACCCAGGUUCUGCAGGACCAAGGGCAGGAUACAGAGGUACAGGUGGUACAGAUGGAAGAGAAGAACCAGGUGAAGCCAAGCAUGGAGGAGAAGAACCUGGACAAGAAAAACCAAGAGGAGCAGAAGAUUGAAGCAGAUCCACUUGAGGCUAUUCUGGAGAAGAUCUUCAGGUCCUCUGAUGAAGUGGUGCAGCAGCAGAACGUUCAGGACGAGCACAUUCUGAUUGCUCCCACAUUUAUAACCCAAUAUGAAGAGUAUGAGAGACUGAUGGAGACCACGAUUGAGAAUGAAGGCAUGUUCGACCCCGCCGGCGCCCCCGUGUCCCCCCUCUCCAUGCUGAAGCUGAAGAGAACGAGCCGCUGGACUGAGCGCCCUGUAAUGGUGCUGCCAUCCUCACAAUACAUCUCAUCGGCUCUGCUGUGUUCUGCAGCGCUGUGGCGUCCUUCAGAACGUCCACGCUCCACAGGGAUCGUCCAGAAACUUUUCCGUCGUCAAAAUAAAAAUAAAGUUCAUUAAAAAAUAAA